AUGGAAGAGGUUCCGGCCCCGGCUGUCUCGGCUACCGUCCCACUGGAAGACGAUGAAUUGGACGAGCCUGACGCAGCCAUCUGUGUCACCCCGUCCAAUCGGCCUCCGACACCUAGCCCUACUCAAGCGCCUCCGGACGUAUCGCCGACUCCACCGACGACACCCGUUGAGGCGCAGGCCCGGAAGGAGCCAGUUGUGAAGAGGAGGAAGGCGAACACUCCCCCGAGUUCAACACCACCCAAGCCAACUCGCCCCUCCAAACCGCCGCAGCCGAGGACAGAACCAGAGGGAUGGUGGUCACUGCAGGCCGGCCGUCUCCAACAGCGUUACCAGCAGCUGGUGAAGACGAACCUCUCCGAUGUACGCCAUUUGAUUAGCCGCCCUAAGGAGCAGGCUUAUCAACCACUACCCGACGGACUUAACGAGGGGGAAUUCGCGGUGCACCGGCUCAAGAUGCGGGAGGGACAGAACGCAGUUUGCGUAACCAUCCGCCGGAAUGGGAAAUUCAAUCAAGGUCUGCUACUACAGGAGAUGGACAACCCGACAUUACAUCGUGUCCUGAAAACCGUCGCAGGUCCACACUACCGUCCAAUCACCAGGUCGCUAGCAGACUCCGAUUACCGGCAGUUCCUCCCGCACCUUGACAUCCAAGACUACAUCGGAACCCCCUAG